AUGGAAGACAAAUACACGAUUCGUGUUACCGAAAAUUUAAAUUGGAUUGGCUCUCAAAUUAAUGACGUCGAAUAUCGUUGUGAAGAAAUUCAUGAUAACGGUGACAGAGUUAAUUACCGUGUAGCGAUAAGUCGAGCUGAUUACGAAAGAUUGUCAGCAACAAGUUCGCCGAGAGCAAUAUCAUUCAAUAGCUUCACUAAGGUAUUACGCCCAUUCAUGCUAGGUCGACACGCACUCGACGACAUACCUGAAGCAUUUCGCCUACUUGAUAGCGAUCAUUCAGAGACAAUUGAUAUUGGUGAAUUGGCUGCUUUUAUGCCUUGCAUUGUGCCCAAUGCCAAUCCAUACAUGCUUCUUCAUCAAGUUCAAAAAGUUGAUAAGAACUGUGACUACAAAUUGAAUUUGUCUGAAUUCACUGAACUUAUAAAGCGCGGCAUCGGUCGAGAUUUGGCACUCGGGCGCUUAUAA